AUGCCGUCCUCCGCGGCCUUCUUCAGUCUCGUUCUCUCGGUUUCUGCCGCAGUGCUUCCUCGGCAGACCGAGGACGAAGUCAUUGUCCUUGAAGCUCCAUCUGCUCCGCCCGAUGACCACAACGUUGUUGAUGCAUCCUUCCAAUCCUACUCAAUCGAGUUCAAUUACAUGCUCGACUACGCCGGCAACAACUCCCACCCAAACGAGUACUCGAUCCAGAUGCUCGAGAACCUCGGAACGCUCGCAGGCGCGUACCCAUACAUCCGGGUCGGGGGCACGACGCAGAACCGCAACGUGUACUACUCCAACCAAACGGUCGCACUGAACCAGACAUUCACGAAUCCGUGGGACGACCAGCCGAGCCGUCUGUCGACGGGGCCUGACUGGUUCGAGUCGUUCCAGCAGUUCCCAAAGGGCACCAAAUACAUCUACGGCCUCAACUUCUACGAGGGCGAGUGGGGCCUGAACAACACGGUCGAGCAGGCGAUUCCAGCCUGGCUCGCCAUGGGCGACAGCCUCUACGCGUACGAGAUCGGGAACGAAGUGAACGGCUGGGCCAGCUCCUCCCGCCGCCCGGACAACUGGACCAUCUACGACUACAUCUCCGAAUGGAUCACAUACUCCGAAGCCGUCCGCGACGGCAUCCGCGCCCAACCCGGCCACUCGUCCGACACGCCCUAUUUCCAAGGCUGCGCGUACGUCGCGCCCCGCGCCCAACACCUCGCCAACAGCACAACCUGGAACGUCGCCAACACGAUCCGCCUCGGCAUGGGCGACUCCCCCAUGCUCCGCUCCGUCGCCGACCACGACUACAUGGGCGCCAACUGCGCGGGGGCCCCCGUGCCGACGCUGCGAGAUAACCUGCUCGACCACCACCACAUGACGUCGCUGGCGUACUGGCACGAGGCGCUGGGGGCGCAGACGAGCGAGUUGGGCGUGCCGUACGCGCUGGGCGAGACGAAUAGCAUUUCGUGUCAGGGGACGGCGGGCGUGUCGGAUGUGUUUGGGGCCGCGCUGUGGGCGGUGGAUUAUGUGUUGUAUAUCGCGGGCUUGAAGGGGUUGGGGCGGCUGUACUUCCACAGCGGGAGUGUGUAUCGCUAUGCGCCGUGGCAGCCGACGACGAUCAACGGUACGGCGCCGUACGCGAAGCCGUUGUAUUAUGGGAACUUGUUCGCGGCGCAGGCGCUGGGGGGGAGUGGUGGUGGUUCCGGUGGUGGUGGUGGUGUCGAUUUGCAGGUUGUGAGUAUUUUGAACGAGACGAGGCAGACGGCGUACGGUGUUUAUGAAGGGGCGGAGCUGAGGUCCGUGGCGGUGGUUAACCUCGAGAUGUUCAACUCGACGCAGGAAGAGGAGGAGAGGGUGUAUACGGUCUUCAAGCUGCCCGAAGAUGUCGAUUGGGAUGGCGCUGAGGUGCGUCGGUUGACUGCUCCCGGCGUCGAGGUCAAGACGGGCGUUACGUAUGCGGGACGUAGCGUCGAUGAUGAUGGCAAGCUUGCUGGUGAAGAGGAGGUGGAGGCGGUGAAAGAUGGAGAGGUCCGUGUUGGUGCGGGGGAGGCGGUGUUGGUCACUUUGUGA